UCUUCUUCGUUAAUGCGAGGGAGGGAGAGAGAGGGGGAGCUAGGGUUUUGCACACAGAAGGGGGAGAGAGAGAGAGAGAAAGCGGUGGAAGAUGAGCGUGUGGAACUAUGUCGUGACGGCACACAAGCCGACGAAUGUUACCCACUCUUGCGUUGGCAACUUCACUAGCCCUCAGGAGCUCAACCUCAUCAUAGCCAAAUGCACACGAGUUGAGAUUCAUCUUCUCACACCUCAAGGUUUACAGCCUAUGUUGGAUGUUCCCAUAUAUGGAAGAAUUGCUACUCUAGAGCUCUUUCAUCCACAUGGUGAAGUGCAAGAUCUGUUAUUUAUUGCUACUGAAAGAUACAAAUUUUGUGUUCUUCAAUGGGAUCCAGAGACUUCUGAACUUAUUACCAGAGCGAUGGGGGAUGUCUCAGAUCGAAUAGGCCGCCCUACAGAUAAUGGGCAGAUUGGCAUAAUUGAUCCUGAUUGUAGAUUGAUUGGUCUCCAUCUUUAUGAUGGACUAUUUAAGGUAAUACCGUUUGAUAAUAAAGGCCAACUUAAAGAAGCGUUCAAUAUAAGGCUUGAAGAACUUCAGGUUCUGGAUAUAAAGUUUCUUUAUGGCUGUGCAAAACCAACAAUUGCAGUGCUUUAUCAGGAUAACAAAGAUGCACGCCAUGUGAAAACGUAUGAGGUGGUUUUGAAGGACAAAGAUUUUGUUGAGGGGCCAUUGUCACAAAACAAUCUUGAUAAUGGAGCUGGUUUACUAAUACCUGUUCCAAUGCCCUUGGGUGGUGUUAUUAUCAUUGGAGAACAGACUAUAGUGUAUUGCAGUGCAUCUGUAUUUAAAGCUAUCCCAAUUAGACCAUCGAUCACAAGAGCAUAUGGGCGGGUUGAUGCAGAUGGAUCUAGGUACUUGCUUGGUGACCAUGCUGGUCUUCUUCAUCUACUUGUCAUCAUCCAUGAAAAGGACAGAGUAACUGGACUGAAAACCGAGUUUCUGGGAGAAACUUCUAUUGCGUCAACAAUAUCUUAUCUUGAUAAUGCAUUUGUUUUCAUUGGUUCAAGCUAUGGAGAUUCACAGCUUAUAAAACUCAACCUCCAACCUGAUGCAAAAGGUUCAUAUGUGGAAGUUCUUGAAAGAUACGUAAAUUUGGGGCCUAUAGUGGACUUUUGUGUUGUUGACUUGGAGAGGCAAGGCCAGGGUCAGGUUGUAACUUGUUCUGGUGCAUUCAAGGAUGGGUCUCUUCGUGUUGUCCGGAAUGGGAUAGGGAUCAAUGAGCAAGCAUCUGUAGAACUUCAGGGAAUAAAAGGAAUGUGGUCAUUGCGCUCUUCAACUGAUGAUCCAUAUGAUACCUUUUUAGUUGUUAGUUUUAUCAGUGAGACACGAAUUUUAGCAAUGAAUUCAGAGGAUGAAUUAGAAGAGACUGUAAUAGAUGGCUUUAUAUCAGAAGUGCAGACAUUAUACUGCCAAAAUGUGAUCCAUAAUCAACUUGUUCAGGUCACAUCUGGUUGUGUUAGAUUGGUGAAUUCUCUAACUCGGGAGUUGCUGAAUGAAUGGAAGUCACCUUCAGGAUUCUCUAUUAAUGUUGCUACGGCUAAUGCCACUCAGGUUUUGUUGGCUACUGGUGGUGGCCAUUUGGUUUACUUGGAAGUUGGAAAUGGUACGAUUAUGGAGGUGAAGCAUGUGCAACUUGAGUAUGAGAUAUCUUGUCUGGACAUAAACCCUAUUGGAGAAGAUCCUUAUCGCAGUCAGUUAGCUGUAGUUGGAAUGUGGACAGAUAUUAGUGUUCGAAUAUUUUCUCUGCCUGGUUUAGAUAUCAUCACAAAGGAACAUUUAGGAGGAGAAAUUAUCCCCCGUUCUGUCCUUUUGUGUGCUUUUGAGGGGGUUCCAUACCUGCUAUGUGCUCUUGGAGAUGGGCACUUGUUUAAUUUUUCGUUGAAUAUGACUACCGGCGAACUCUCAGACAGGAAAAAGAUUUCUCUUGGUACACAACCUAUCACACUUCGUACAUUUUCCUCAAAGAAUACUGUACAUGUCUUUGCUGCAUCAGAUCGGCCUACUGUUAUCUACAGUAGCAAUAAGAAAAUGCUGUAUAGCAAUGUAAAUCUGAAAGAAGUUAACCACAUGUGUCCUUUCAAUUCUGCUGCAUUCCCGGACAGCCUGGCUAUUGCAAAAGAAGGAGAACUUACAAUUGGCACUAUUGAUGACAUCCAAAAGCUUCACAUACGCACAAUCCCUUUGGGUGAACAUGCUCGUCGUAUAUGCCAUCAAGAGCAAUCUCGGACCUUUGCUUUCUGCAGUGCUAGGCACUAUCAUUCUGGGAUGGAUGAGCCAGAGGUCCACUUUGUCCGUUUAUUGGAUGAUCAGACAUUUGAGAUUAUUUCAUCAUAUCAGCUUGACACUUAUGAAAAUGGCUGCUCAAUUCUUAGCUGUUCAUUUUCUGAUGAUAAUAAUGCGUAUUAUUGUGUUGGUACGGCAUAUGUUCUCCCGGAGGAAAAUGAACCUAGCAAGGGUCGUAUAUUGGUGUUUACUGUUGAAGAUGGUAAAUUACAACUUAUAACAGAGAAGGAAACUAAAGGGGCAGUAUACACGCUCAAUGCGUUCAAUGGAAAGCUGCUGGCAGCAAUAAACCAGAAGAUCCAAUUAUAUAAGUGGACUCUUCGUGAUGAUGGUUCUCGUGAAUUGCAGUCAGAAUCAACUCAUCAUGGGCAUAUAGUUGCACUGUAUGUUCAAACACGUGGCGAUUUCAUUAUUGUUGGCGAUUUAAUGAAAUCCAUUUCUUUAUUGAUAUACAAGCAUGAAGAGGGUGCUAUAGAGGAGUGUGCCCGUGAUUAUGGUGCUAACUGGAUGACGGCGGUUGAGAUACUAGAUGACGACAUUUAUCUUGGUGCGGAGAACAACUUUAAUAUUUUUACUGUUCGAAAGAACAUGGAUGCAGCAACUGAUGAAGAACGCAGCCGACUAGAGGUGGUGGGGGAAUAUCACCUUGGAGAGUUUGUUAAUAGGUUUCGGCAUGGCUCCUUGGUCAUGAGAAUGCCAGAUUCAGAUUCUGGUAACAUCCCUACUGUCAUCUUUGCCACAAUAAAUGGCGUGAUUGGUGUUAUAGCUUCACUGCCCCAUGACCAGUACCUUUUUCUUGAGAAGUUGCAAAUGAACUUGAACAAGGUGAUAAAGGGUGUUGGAGGGCUCAGCCAUGAGCAAUGGCGCUCAUUUUGCAAUGAGAAAAAGGUAUCAGAGCCAAGGAAUUUCCUUGAUGGCGACUUGAUUGAGUCAUUCUUGGAUCUAAAUCGGAACCGGAUGGAGGAAAUAUCAACAGCUAUGGCGGUUCCAGUAGAGGAGCUAUGCAGGAGAGUGGAAGAGCUGACUAGGCUGCAUUAGGAGGUUGUGACAUAAGCAAGGCAUCAGUUCUCCAUGAAUUUUUCCUCUUCGUCUGCAAGGUAAGCCAUUUCUCUGGCUUAUGUUGGAGAAAGCCCCACUUCCGUGAAGUGGCGAGGAAAUCAUGGUACCGCACUUUGUCAUGCAUACCGGUUGAGUGGCCUCCAAGUCCAAUGCGAGAUAUGUUGUUUAUGCGCCUACAACCAAGUGUAGGCUUGUGAAAGUGUCAAAAACCCCCCUCUAUAAGGGGACAUCCGGAUCAGAUCGGGGAAUCGGAAAUCCAAGUUGACGUGUAAAUUGACUUGUGCUUUGCCCCCUUGUUUGUAUUAUCCUGUCCGAGCUCUGUUUCACUUGACUACCCCUCAUUCAGGAAUUCUACUUGCUAAUGACUGGUGUAAGUGGUAAAGCUGAGUAUGAUUCUUUUGUUGUUUUAAGAAAGAAAGAACUUUCUUA